GGAGGAGGGUGAUGGUGCCAGUCACUUGCCGGCCGGCCGACGGGUUGCACGGGCUGCUGCGGACCUUCGCCUCCCCCGGCUAACACACCACGCCGCUCCUCAACCACCGCCAUGGGUUACAAUUGGUGAGGUGAUAGUACUGAUAGCCUCAUGCGUGAGAAAUGAGAGCGAGGCUUCAGGAGGCGUGAGUGUGUGAGGAGGGGUGAGGGAGCGACCAGAGUGGACAAGAGUGAGUGAUCCAGGAUGGAAUGGCACAGUCUGUACACCGAGUGCCCCAGGAUGGCACUCGGUGUCCUCGUCGGCGUGGGCUGCUUCCUCUAUUACUUCAUAGAGGCCGUCAAGAGACCCGUUUUGGCGUGUCGACGGAAGGGCGCCUGGCGAAAUUUCCUGGAGACGCAUUUGACCAUCCUGCAGGAAAGGUACUGGCCCACGCCUUGGUGCUUCGAAUCCCGCUGCCAGACUGUUCUCGCCUCUAUCCUGCGUCUUAGACUCCCGGACAUUAUCUACAGACGGGAGGUACUGGAGCUGAAGGACGGGGGGCAAGUAAGCCUUGACUGGCUGGACGGGAGUGGGGAGCCUGACAGCCCCAUCGUGCUCAUGUUACCGGGCUUGACGGGAUCUUCCCAGAGCGAGUACGUGAAGGGUCUGGUGCGGGCGGUGAAGAGUGCCCGAGCUCGGUGCUGCGUCCUCAACAACAGGGGCAUUGGUGGCAUCAGACUCAUGACGACGAGGACGUACUGUGCAGCCAACAGCGACGACUUGGAGGAGGCGCUGGAACACCUGACUCGAGUACACCAAGGCGUUCCUAUCGUCGCUCUUGGCAUAUCACUAGGAGGGAUGAUCACCGGGAACUACCUGACGACGCGGGGGGAGAAGGCGGCGCGGCACCUGAAGGCGGCGGUAGUGAUGUCCAUUCCCUGGAACAUGGUGGUGGGGGUGAGCAGCAUGGAGCAGCCCCUCUGUAAUCUCCUCCUCAACCGCUACCUCGUCCACUGUCUCUGUCACCUGGCCAGCACCUUGCGGUACCAGCUGGCCGGGAACCACAAGUGGGACCUCGACCAGGUUAUGAAGAGCAAGACGAUCCGAGAGUUCGAUACACGGUUCACGGCGAUGCAGUUCGGGUUCCGGGAUGCUGAGGACUACUACGUGUCCUCCUGCCUCCAUGACAAGCUUCACCGCAUCAAGGUGCCCCUCCUCUGCCUCACCGCUGCCGACGACCCCUUCCAGCCUCUCCACGCCAUACCACUGGAGGCGGCGGAAGAGUCUAGUCAUGUUGCCAUCAUCGUCACUGCUCGCGGGGGACACAUAGGUUUCAUGGAGGGUCUCCUUCCCACCACCUCCUACUACAGUGACCGCCUUAUUGGUCAGCUCCUUGGCGCCGUCUUCGCCAAUCUUAAUGCCAUGGAGGAGGUAAAGAAGGAGGCAGAUGCCUACGCCAUCGCCGGCAUGGAAGACGAGUGUGUAAGUGAACUUUUAACCGACUCCAAGAAAGAAGUGAAUGGCUAUGCGAGUGGAUCCUGCAGUAGACAUGGCAGCGUGUGGGGGGUGAAAGACGCCGACGGCAUUAUCAGGGACAAGUUUACCAACCACAGUGAGGUGGGGGACGACACCUUUGUCAACCAUUGUGAUGUGAAGGACGACACCUUUGCCAACAACUGUGAGGUGAAGGACGACACCUUUGCCAACCACUGUGAGGUGAAGGACAACACCUUUGCCAACCACUGUGAGGUGAAGGACAACACCUUUGCCAGCCACUGUGAGGUGAAGGACGACACCUUUGCCAACCACUGUGAGGUGAAGGACGACACCUUUGCCAACCACUGUGAGGUGAAGGACGACACCUUUGCCAACCACUGUGAGGUGAAGGACGACACCUUUGCCAACCACUGUGAGGUGAAGGACAACACCUUUGCCAACCACUGUGAGGUGAAGGACGACACCUUUGCCAACCACUGUGAGGUGAAGGACGACACCUUUGCCAACCACUGUGAGGUGAAGGACGACACUUUUGUCAACCACUGUGAGAUGAAGGACGAGACGUGUGCCAACCACUGCGAGGUGGAGGACGAUCCAUGUGCCAAUCACCGCACGGUGCAAGACACGCCUGCCGAGCUCUGUGAGAUGGUUGACGUCAAAGAGUUGGUAAACUCCAACUGCGGCGGACUUCACAAAAGGGCGCAUGAGGUGUCAUAAUGAAAAGCCCCUCUAGCUAUUCAUUGCCGGUAUAAUGUACAUAUAUCAGUUCUUGAAAAAGGUGCAAGUGCAACUCAGUCACCCCAGGGCAUUCAAACCUUUUCGAAAUAUUCAACACGUGCAAAAAGUAGCCUACUACAGGGCAAUGAUGAAACAUUUUUAAACCGGAUAUUUCGUUGUUAUUUAGUGGCUUCUUUAACCAAGGCAGACUCGUCACGUAUGUUGGUGACUUGCCUCAAAUUUUGCUUUUACAAAGCUAUUGAAUUGAAAAUAAAAGUAGCCUUCACUUUCAAAUUUAGAAAAUUAGUUAUCAAUUGUAUUAAUUUAAGUGAAACACUUUGAAAAAAAUAUGGUGGAAGAUAAUAAGAAAACAGUUUUAUAAUUAAAUGUAAAGAAUGCAAGUCAUAGAGAGAAGUAGGUUCCGGUUUAGGCUAUCUCAGAUAUUCCUAUGUAAAAUAACCCCUCCCCCCACACACGUAAGUCUUGGAAGGCGAGAAUUACUCAUGAUUACCAAAUUUACGACACAGAAGUAUGCAAUUGUCAAAAGAAGGCGCCAAGCCUGGAAGACUAUAUAUAGCAAUCACCACAAUUAUUUUUUAAAUAGCCUGGAACCUUGGCUGAGACUACCGACAGUGCACGUCCCCUCACCCCAGGCUAGAGAAAGCGCGCGUAAAGUGUUCAUCGAGUUGUAAACUGAGAGAAGCCUCAUAUGAAUGGUCAGUUCACACUCGUUAAUCUCAAAAAGGUGGAGAACGUCAGAUGGUCACAAAUUGUAAUACUUGUUAGGAGAUAUGUUCUGAAAAGCGUUGUAACAUACUCAACAAGGCCUAAUUGGCCUGGGAUUUGCAUGUUCGUUAUAAUUUUAAUAGCAAUACACAACGAAAAUAUUUACGGUAUUGUCCAGGUGCAUUUUGACGCCGUUUUUGUUAAAGCUCACUGAAACAGUUGUUUCAAAUACUAUUGUUAAAAAUCAAUAAUCUUCAGGAAUAGUAAGUUCUGUCCGUUAUAAGGGAACAGUAUUUAAGUGUAUAGAAACGGCUUUGCUAAGACCUUUUCUUUGCUCCCAAAAUGAACAUGAUACAAGAGUGUUACCUAUGUUAGUUUUUAUACCCCCCGUGUAAAUAGGGGCGAGAGGGCUUGCAACUGGUAAACAAUCACUCUCCCACUGAUGUACACUUCUACUUCUGGAAAAACUGAGAAUGUAGAGAACACUUUUGUCUAUGGCACAGUAGUCUGCGCAGUCGGCUUACAACCGAAUGGUCCCGGAUUCGAUUUCCGGUCAGGGUGGAGAUAUAUAGGCACGCUUCCUUACACUUGAUGCCUCUGUUCACCUAGCAGUAAUUAGAUACCCGGGAGUUAGUCAACUGUUAAGGGUUGCAUCCAGGUAAAGGUCAGAGCCUUGGUCGAGGGGACACUUCAAUAAACCUAACAGGCUUCCUGCCCCCGACCAUGGGAAACCAUACCAGUGCCCUAGCUGGUUCUAAGCACGCAAUAGUAACAUCUUGUUGUAGUCCAUAUAGAUCAUUUUUUAAGGUCAAAUAAUAUUAUAUACAAAUCUGCAGAAGACAGCGUUUUGCUGGUAAUGCUCACGUAUGUUGAUAUAUUAUUUGUAUUCUCAUUUCUCUGUCUCUCAUUCCCACAAUUGUUUUCCUUGUAACUACCACCAACUGCACUAAUCAUCCACUGCCAGGACCUUGUCCACCACCAUCACGUAUACUUCAUGUACAGUUCAGUUGUUUUGUUAAUGGAGUGUGCCUGCGUGUGACCAUGUCCCAGUGUUUUGUGAUGCUUGUGACCAUGUCCCAGUGUUUUGUGAUGCUUCUGACCAUGUCCCAGUGUUUUGUGAUGCUUGUGACCAUGUCCCAGUGUUUUGUGAUGCUUGUGACCAUGUCCCAGUGUUUUGUGAUGCUUCUGACCAUGUCCCAGUGUUUUGUGAUGCUUCUGACCAUGUCCCAGUGUUUUGUGAUGCUUCUGACCAUGUCCCAGUGUUUUGUGAUGCUUCUGACCAUGUCCCAGUGUUUUGUGAUGCUUGUGACCAUGUCCCAGUGUUUUGUGAUGCUUGUGACCAUGUCCCAGUGUUUUGUGAUGCUUCUGACCAUGUCCCAGUGUUUUGUGAUGCUUCUGACCAUGUCCCAGUGUUUUGUGAUGCUUGUGACCAUGUCCCAGUGUUUUGUGAUGCUUCUGACCAUGUCCCAGUGUUUUGUGAUGCUUCUGACCAUGUCCCAGUGUUUUGUGAUGCUUGUGACCAUGUCCCAGUGUUUUGUGAUGCUUCUGACCAUGUCCCAGUGUUUUGUGAUGCUUCUGACCAUGUCCCAGUGUUUUGUGAUGCUUCUGACCAUGUCCCAGUGUUUUGUGAUGCUUCUGACCAUGUCCCAGUGUUUUGUGAUGCUUCUGACCAUGUCCCAGUGUUUUGUGAUGCUUCUGACCAUGUCCCAGUGUUUUGUGAUGCUUCUGACCAUGUCCCAGUGUUUUGUGAUGCUUCUGACCAUGUCCCAGUGUUUUGUGAUGCUUCUGACCAUGUCCCAGUGUUUUGUGAUGCUUCUGACCAUGUCCCAGUGUUUUGUGAUGCUUCUGACCAUGUCCCAGUGUUUUGUGAUGCUUCUGACCAUGUCCCAGUGUUUUGUGAUGCUUGUGACCAUGUCCCAGUGUUUUGUGAUGCUUCUGACCAUGUCCCAGUGUUUUGUGAUGCUUCUGACCAUGUCCCAGUGUUUUGUGAUGCUUCUGACCAUGUCCCAGUGUUUUGUGAUGCUUCUGACCAUGUCCCAGUGUUUUGUGAUGCUUCUGACCAUGUCCCAGUGUUUUGUGAUGCUUGUGACCAUGUCCCAGUGUUUUGUGAUGCUUGUGACCAUGUCCCAGUGUUUUGUGAUGCUUGUGAUUUAUUAUCUCACACACACACACACACAUACACACACACACACACACACACACACACACACACGACAUGAUAGUAUGACAUUCUUAGUGAUAUUGACAGCGAAGAAAAGAUAAAAUAUUCACAGUGAAUGCCAGGAGGAACGAAAGGGCACGAGUGGAAGCCUGAGACAUACAUGAUCGAGCUGCACAGAUACGUUAAAGUAUUUUCUACUUGAAAAUUCAAAAGAAAAUAGAAUAAACUAUACGAGGUUGUAGAAGCCAACUCCUGUCAUAAUUUUAAAAGUAGAUAUGGCGGAAUGUAAGAUCAGGAACCACUGCAUAAAACAACUGCCAAGGCCCUCGGGUUUCAGAAUAGUCUAGGCAUGAGGUACGAGAGAAGACUGCGAGCUUGAUUUCACAAUACUAUAGAAGCAAGGGCUUAACCCCAACUUGCAGAGUUCUUUAGGGUGUAGAGCGAGUAUACAAGAGCAAGACCGACAUAAGAGAAACGGCGACUAGCUAAGGAAUAUAUUCACUUGAUGCUUGAGGUCAGUAAGUUUUUUUUUUUGUCCUACUCAAAUGGGUACAGGAACAAGCUACAGCUGACUUCUGGUAGCAGGCUGAGAGCUUUUCCUUCCUAUAGCGCAUGGUAAGCCUUAUCCAUUAGCUUCCCUAGAAUACGCUCCUCGAUUUUCUGUAAACAAAAUAUUUGCAGUUACAACAAUGUGAAUUAUAAGGAUUACAGUGUGAAUGAUGAGAGUCUAAAACCCGAGAGAAGUAUGGAAUACUUUACGUCAUCAAUACUCUUGUAAAAAACACCUAACAUAAACUAGCCUAACGAAAAUUAGAGCUAAAAUGUUGAGUUUUAUAUAUGGUAUGCACGAAGUGUAUGACGUCACAAUUUUCAUACGGGUACAGGUUUUGGACCCCUACUGAAGUGUUGUGGUUGUGGUUAUGGUUGUGGUAGCUGUCAGGAUGAAACACGGACUGGUUAGUUAACUCUCCCUUGCACUUAUUGUUGUUAUUCAUUCUCUCUCUCUCUCUCUCUUCCUCUCUCUCUUUCUUCCUCUCUCUCUUCCUCCCCUUGUACACACACACGGAUCACAUAUUUACAAGUCACUAUCAAGGAUCUUCAUAUGCAGUAUUAAUAUGUUGUCUACCUAAACAAACAAAACGUUUCAUAUUCAUGCAAAAUGUAAAUAAGGAAAACCCGUCCCAUAGUAAAUAAAACCUUUAAAAUGUAAACUAACUUUUGUGUAAUUUGAAUUCUAGGUUUUCCCGACACACAGUCGCAGGGAAUUUAUAUUUUGCUUACUUAAGUGGGCAUAGGAGUGGAAUCCUUAACUUUGUGAGCAGGCUUAGAGUCACCCACCCACAGCUCAGUGUUUACAAGCUAAGAGUCACCCUCCCACAGUUCAAUGUAUGCAAGCUAAGAACCUCCAUCCCACAGUUUAAUAUCUGUAGGCUAAGAGUCACCCUCCCACAGUUCAAUGUUUGCAAGCUAAGAGUCUCCCUCCCACAGCUCAGUGUUUGCAAGCUAAGAGUCUCCCUCCCACAGUUCAGUGUUUGCAAGCUAAGAAUCUCCCUCCCACAGCUCAGUGUUUGCAGGCUAAGAAUCUCCCUCCCACAGUUCAAUGUUUGCCGGCUAAGUGUCUCCCUCCCACAGUUCAGUGUUUGCAAGCUAAGAAUCUCCCUCCCACAGUUCAAUGUUUGCCGGCUAAGAGUCUCCCUCCCACAGUUCAGUGUUUGCAAGCUAAGAAUCUCCCUCCCACAGUUCAAUGUUUGCCGGCUAAGUGUCUCCCUCCCACAGCUCAGUGUUUGCAAGCUAAGUCUCCCUCCCCACAUCUGUGUUUGCAAGCUAAGUCUCCCUCCCACAGCUCAGUGUUUGCAAGCUAAGUCUCCCUCCCACAGCUCAGUGUUUGCAAGCUAAGUCUCCCUCCCACAGCUCAGUGUUUGCAAGCUAAGUCUCCCUCCCACAGUUCAGUGUUUGCAAGCUAAGUCUCCCUCCCACAGUUCAGUGUUUGCAGGCUAAGAGUCUCCUUCCCACAGUUUAGUGUUUGCAGGCCCUCCUAUAGUUCAUUUGUUAAACCUUUCCUUACAUAUUUUGUAAUUUUUGGCAAUUUAUCUCAUUAGAUUGGUUAAAUAUCAGCAAUAAAAUGUUAUACACUAUACA